AUGCCAGACUACAACGACGCCCUCGAGGCGCGUAUCCCCGCCGACUCGCCAGACGAUGUGCGCCAGGUCCUGCUGCACGCCUGGUCGCGCGACCUGACCGGCCUCAAGGAGCUCCUGGACCGGCCCGGCGCCGCCAGCGAGCAGGAUCCCACGACGGGCGAGACGCCCCUGCACGCCGUCGUCCGCGGCUGCGGCCCCGCGGAGCCGCAGUCUACCGGUGACGACGAGGACGGUGUGGUGGCCGAGGCCCGCGCCUGCAUCCAAGAGCUCUUCUUCUCCGGCGCCAUAUGGAACGACGUCGACGACCACAAUGAGACGCCCGGCUGCACCGCCCGGCGCCUCGGCCAGGAGCAGCUGUACAGAAUGUUUGUCGACGCCGGCGUACGCGCCGAGAUGCUCUUUGGAGUGAUGGGCGAUUACGAGGCGCUGUCCUCGGGCGACGAGGAGGAGGAGGAGGAGGGUGACGCCGUCAUGGAAGAAGGAGACCAAGAGCGGCAGCAGGAUGAUGACGGCAAGACGAUCGCACCCGCUAAGAGAGAGGGAGAUGAAAAAGACGCAGCAGCAGCAGCAGCGCCAGCGCAGUUUGUGCCUCCAGACGCCGGUGAAAAGACCGUCACCAGCGACGAGUACCUCCAGUCUAACGUCACCUACGACGGUGACAAGCUGCUCGACGACGACCUCAACGGCGUCAUGAUGGCCUGGGAGACGGACAUUAUGCAACGCUCCGUUGCCGCCCUCCUCCCAAACUCCUCCUCUACCACCCCCGGCAAGCGCAUCCUCAACAUUGGCUUCGGCAUGGGCAUCAUCGACGGCCUCUUCGCCGCCCUCUCCCCCGCCAAGCACCACAUCAUCGAGGCCCAUCCCGGCGUCCUCUCCCACGUCGCCUCGGGCCGCACCUCGUUUGGCGCUGCCUGGGAAGCCACGAGCCCCGAGCCCGGCGCGUUUCACAUGUUUUCGGGCAAGUGGCAGGACGUGGUGCCGACGCUCAUGGAGCGCGGCGAGCUAUACGACGCCAUUUACUUUGACACCUUUGGCGAGGACUAUGCGCAGCUGCGGACUUUUUUCACAGAGUAUGUGCCCGCGCUGCUGGACAUGGACGGGCGCUUCGGCUUCUUCAACGGGCUGGGCGCGGAUCGCCGCGUGUGCUACGACGUCUACGCGCAGGUCGUCGAGAUGCACGCGAGCGAGGCCGGGCUGGACGUCGAGUGGCAGACGGUCGACGUGGACAUGAGCCGGCUCAAGGAGGAGGGCAAGGGUGAGUGGGAGGGCGUGCGCAGACGGUACUGGACGCUGGACAGUAAGUGGAUGAGUUUUACUCUGAUUGUCAUGACCUGA